CCCAUUCUUUCCCUCAAGCCCAGCUGCAAGCCUGGUCAUUUCAUCACUUUUUCUUGUCCAGUUCACAUCACACUUGCUGCCCGCGCCCGUUCCCGAGUUGGAAAUUCACAGAGCGAUAGAGUUGAUGACCCCGAGCCUGUCUUUUUCUGAUCCAUAGUCGAACGACCGUCCGAGGUUUCGACUCCAAUCAACGCACGAUUUCAAUCCGAGAAAAGAAGCUACGCCGAACGACGCAGAGUCGCGCAGUCUUGGUAUCUGCUCAUCUCUCACCAUCACACAUAGUCUUAUUCUCUUUUGUCACAGGCGGACAGACAGUCACGGGCUCGGCUUCCUCGUCUCGGACCACUCGAAUCAGGAAGACCCAGACGUGGAUAAUACAAGACGGCCUGGCUUCGGAAUCCCCUUUUGGCGCGUUGUCCGACUUGGAGACUAUACUUACAUAUUGCUACCGCCUGGUCCAUCCUCCACCACCACCACCCACCUCGUUCUCCCCCACUGGACAAGACGCACCCAGAAAAGGACCGUCCCAUCCUCCCCCGACAACUUAAUCCCGUUUCUCGACGCACAACGCACACAAAUCCGAAACACCGUCCUACUUUUGGCAUCUACUUCUGCUGGACAGGAACGAAAGAGAAAGAAGGAAAAAGGCAACCUUAAAAGAGGAGUAAUAUCCUCUGACCGACUAUCCUCCGGCUGGAUCAACAACCCCUUCCUAGCUGAAGGCUUCUUCCCUCCCCGCCAUCGCAUCGGCUUUUUUUUUUUUUUUUUUUGAAGCUUUCGGCUACCGCCAGACGGGGUCAGGUAUCGAUCCCUGGUGUCUCCGUCACGCGCCAAGAUCUCCAGCUUGUCGCUCAGGUCCGAAGUGCAUCCAUUUUGCAGGCUGUGGUUCAUUAGAAGCGGGGGCAAGGACUCCAACCGUCAUUUCAGUGGCGCCGAGCACCGCACGGCCGACAGACCGCCAGCCAUCUCCCUAAAUAAGCCCUGGGGGACCCUCCCUGGCCGCCCGGAGUACACUUUGUCGUUGCUGUUCUGGUCUGCAUUGCUUUUGGCUUUCUUGCAGUCGCCGUCGUCGCAGUCCUCAGCGCACCGCAACGCACCGCACCGCACCACACCGCAGUUCCCCACGACUCUUCCUCUCCAUCCCUCUCUCGCUCUCUCUUUCUCUCCCUCGGCUCCGACGAACCCAGCUGCCGCUCCUUCGAUCGCAGCAGCGACCAGUCUGCUUGCGCAAUUCCUUCACGAACCCGAUUUUUUGGCCGUCUUUUAUAUCGAUAAGUCUGAUCUGGUGGCACGAUGUCAUUGAAGCAGGAAAUAGAAACGUGGGUGUCGGCUCUGGGCCGAUACGACAACAACGAGUUCGAUGAGGCCCUCAAAGACUUUGAAAGAAUCUCUGACACAUCGAAAAUUCUCUUCAACAUGGGUGUUAUCCACGCCACGUUAGGAGAGCACGAGAAAGCUGUUGAAUGUUACCAACGAGCCAUCAAGCUCGACCAGUACCUGGCUGUCGCCUACUUCCAGCAAGGCGUCUCAAAUUUUCUGCUUGGCGACUUUGAAGAGGCGUUGGCUAACUUCAACGAUACUCUCCUUUACUUACGAGGAAACACAAUGAUCGACUACGCUCAAUUGGGGCUGCUCUUCAAGCUCUACUCGUGCGAAGUUCUUUUCAACAGAGGUCUCUGCUACAUCUACCUGCAACAAAAGGAUGCCGGCUUGCAGGAUCUGUCGUACGCGGUCAAGGAGAAGGUGGUGGAAGACCACAACGUCAUUGACGAGGCAAUUCGGGAAGAAGCAGAGGGAUACACCGUCUUCUCCAUUCCCGUCGGCGUCGUUUACCGGCCGAAUGAGGCAAAGGUUCGAAACCUCAAGACGAAAGACUAUCUCGGAAAGGCCCGGCUGGUAGCCGCCUCCGAUCGCGCGAAUGCAUUCACAGGCUUUGCCGGGUCCGAGAUCAAGAAUGCUGGCAAGAACGACGUCAAGGAUGACAGGCCGGCUGACAACAUCUCCUUCGCCGCCACCAACCUGGUCAAGCCUGGUCUGGCAUCAAGAAGACAACAGUCCGAGCCGCCCAACGGCCGCGGUGUCUUCCCUCCGACACCUCCGCCUGACCAGCUGGAAGCUAACAACGGCGGCACCUUAUCACGCGGGCAAUCUGUUCGCAAUGGGCCCAAGCCGAUGCUUGCGAAGCUGAAUAUCGAAAACUCUAGACCCAACGAGCGAUACCAGAAGACGAGCAGCCCGAACGAUAGGAGAGGGCCGCCGCCCGUUAUGAGGUCUGAGUCACGGUCUGCCACUCCCAGCAGAGGAUACUCCAGGCGCGACCUUCAAAUGCGUGGCCGCCCGGUUGAUGAGGAGGCGGAAGAUGCCUACCCCGAUGAGCUGUACGACAUGUACCAGGGUAGCAACGGCAACAGCACGAGAACCAGCCGACAAACCUCCCGCCGUGUGCCGCAACGGUACAUGGACGAAGAGGACGACGGUUCCGACUACGGCUCCUUCGAUGAGGGCGACUUCGAGAUGGUCUCCAACAGACGCCCCGGCACAGGCUCUAUAUCUUCUCGUGGCGGUUCGAGGAGACCCGAAGUCCGCAAGAUUCGCGUCAAGGUUCACGCCGAGGAUGUUCGAUACAUCAUGGUUGGCGCGGCAGUCGAGUUCCCCGACUUUGCCGACCGGAUCCGCGAGAAAUUCGGCCUUCGCCGGCGUUUCAAAAUCAAGAUCCGCGAUGAAGACGUGCCGAAUGGUGAUAUGAUUACCAUGGGCGACCAAGACGAUCUGGACAUGGCCAUCAUGAGCGUGAAGAGUCAAGCAAGAAAGGCAAGGCAGGACAUCGGCAAGAUGGAGAUCUGGGUUCAAGAGAUUAUGUAGACGAUUAUACCCCCAACCAAGCCUUUGACGACGUAAUGACCAACAACCUGCUCGCCCUGAGCUCUGCGACUUUCUCCUUCAUCUAGUACACUUUUAUUUUCGCCACUACUUGCUGCAUUUUCAGGAUAUGGAUUGGUUGUAGACAAGGGCGUACAAAACCGGGAAGCGGAUUAAGGGAAAACAAGAGGAGGGAUGGACAACAGCUCAAGAAAGAGAGAGCCAAGCAGAGCUGGCUCGAUGGCACACAUCCCACCCUCGACUGCCGCGAACGACCAUGACCCAUAGCGUUGCAUUGUUUAGAAUACGGGACACAAGAUCGGAGGGGUGAAUGGUUUUGGCGACUACGUUUACUGUAUUCCCUUCCACUUUUACUAUCAAUCUCCCUCCUUGAUCCGAUAUAAUCUCUACCCAUAUCUGUCUUGCCUUUCUUUUGUUCCCAAAUCUGUCAUUCAGGAGCGCGUUCUUUGCGAAGCCCGAAACUACAGCCUUAAUGUACCAUUUCAUCUAAUAUCGACCAUUUCCCCUCCCGCGUGUAUUCGUGUAUGUAUGGACGGACAUGGAGCUUCUGCGAAGCCGUGGGAAACGACGCCUGGUAAAGGGCGGGGUUAAUGAGCACUUUGGGAGUAAUCCGUGGGCCGUGUGAGGUAGAUGGAUAUCAUGAGGCCAGAUUGAAGCAAGGCUGGGAAUCUUAUCCGAACUGGGGGUUUUGUGUCCGUACUUGACUGUGACGCUGCUAUGUCUGACCAUGUGAAACUGCAAUUUGUGACCCAGUGGUAUAUAGGUAUGUGGGAGCAUGGCAUAUUUGAAUGAGCCCAGUGACGAUUCGUGUUUCCUUCCC